CUUAUACAAAAUUAUUCGGCGUAACUAAUCUGUCGUAUUAUGCUAAGCCUCAAAUUAUAGUAAUAAUAUUCGCUGUGAAAUAUAUAUUUUUUUUUGUUUGGACUAAUAACUAAUCUGAAAUUAAUCAAAAAACACAUCACCGUUUUGUGUAGUCACAACAAUGUCUGGAAAUGGCAUGUCGGCAGCUGAGACAGCACAACCUGACCAGUAUCCUGCCACACAUCAAUAUUUUCAUCAUUUUAAGCCACAGCACCAACAUCAGUAUCAGCAUCAACAGCACCAGCAUCAGCAUCAACAACAGCAGCAUCAGCAUCAACAACAGCAGCAGCAGCAGCAGCAGCAACAGCAACAGCAGAAGCAUUGUGUCCUACAUAUACCCCUUCCACAACAACAACAACAAAUUUACAACAGCAACACAACUGCACUACCGUAUGAGUACAACAAUACCGAACUGGAUGACUUUUACUGGCAAAAUCAAAAUAAACCAAAUAAUUGCAACAACAUCAUCAAUAGCAAUGUUAGUGGCGCAAAAACAUUUAUAACGCCUGUGGACAUACCUCCGCCGCCACCACAUCCACCUAAUAUUAGUAAAAGUAAAAGAUUUCAGAUUGGACGCCAACGCUCACGCUGCCAAUGCGACCAUCCAAUUGAAAUAAUGCAAACACCACCGCCACAAUCUCAUCAACAUCACUCAAAUCAUCUUCAAUCACAAACGUUCCAACAGCACAAACGACCACACAAUUACACACACGACCACUUGACGCCUCGGGAACAUGUUCUACAUCCGCAAUAUAAUAAAAAUUAUUAUCGAAACCCAGAUCAGCUUCAAGCGUCAACUAAGAAUCUCAGCACUAGUCGAACAAAGAAUAAUAUUUAUUCUCAAAUGAAAACACGCAGACUUCGCUUAAUACUAGGAAUAAUAUUUGGUAUUGUUAUUAUUGCCCUUUUGGGAACCGCAAUAUACUUCAUCGUAAGAGGUGGUGACUUCGACAAUAAUCAACCCAAGCCCGAAGAAAACGGAAUAAAGUUGGAGGAUGUGUUAACUGGCCGCCUCGCACCAAAACGCUUUAAUGGUAGUUGGUCAGGUUCUAAUCUUAUAUAUAAAGAGGAGCAUUCGAUUGUAGAGUAUGACGUGAAAACAAAAAACCGAGAAGUGUUGUUACUGAAUGGAUCGCAGUACGUUUUAUUUGAAAAAUCGGCCGACGGGCAGUUCUUACUGCUCGCUAAGAAUUAUAGAAAGAAUUUCCGAUAUAGUUUUGAGGCUGAGUACGAUAUAUAUAACAUUACUUCCCGUGCAAUGAAUCCACUCAAAAUUAAAGGUGAACAGAGAUCACUUAUAAUGGCUCAGUGGGCUCCAGUCGGCAAUGGACUUGUGAUAAAUUUCGAACGCAAUCUUUACUACAAACCGAAUCCAUUUGCUGACGAAAUUACAAUAACAAGCGAUGACAACUUUGCAAUAUUGAAUGGUGUACCCGACUGGGUUUAUGAAGAGGAAGUUUUCAAUUCCAAUGUGGCCACAUGGUUUAAUCCAAAUGGUACAAAAAUUGCCUUUAUCAAAUUCGACGACUCUCCCACCCAUACCAUUAAUUUCCCUUACUACGGAGAGGCUGGCGAUUUGCGUUAUCAAUAUCCUUUUAAUCGCCUAGUUGCAUAUCCGAAAGCGGGUUCAUCAAAUCCACGUGUAAGUCUCUUCACCGCAGACCUGGAAAGUGCUGUAAAAGGUUCAGAGUUUUUGGAUCCAGUUCCUGUACCCAGUGCUUUGAACACAGAAACCGAUUAUAUCAUAACUGUGGUCGACUGGUUAGACAAUAAUAAUGUUUUAUCUGUUUGGAUGAAUCGUAUACAGAACCUAGCUUAUCUGCAAGUUGUUGCAGGAAGAAAACGUCUUGAGGUAUAUGAUAUGGAAUCAAAAACUGGCUGGGUUGAUCUGUUUUCUACCCCGUUUAAGAACAAAGAUGGCACGCGUAUUGCUGUUAUAUUACCACAGGGGCAGGACGAUGACGGCUAUUUCCGACACCUUUGCAUACUAUCAGCAACAAUUUCAAAAAGCAGUCCCGAUAUAUUAACGAAGGGCAAAUAUACUGUCCAAUCAAUACUACAUUGGGAUACCACAAACGAUAUCAUUUUCUAUACCGCAAACACUGAGCAAAACUCAGAAAUACUUCAUGUAUACUACAUUCGAGCAACAACUGGUCAUACUCCAAAGUGUUUAACUUGUAAAUUACAUACUUCGGGUGAUGUCGAGCAAAAUUAUUACUCAGCUGAUUUCAGCACUGAUCAUCAAAUAGUUAUUAGUUCUCUGGGACCAGGAAUACCAAUGACUGCCAUUUAUGAAUGGACAUAUUCAAAUUCUCAAGUGACGUUAAAAAAAGUCAUUGACUGGGAGAACAAUGAGUCAUUACGUUCCAAAUUAAAGUCAGUUGCAAUUCCAACCGUUAUAAUUGAUACAAUACCAAUAGCGAGUGGUUUUACUGCUAAGGCUUUAAUGCAGUUGCCACCAAAUUUGGACCGUAGUGGUAAAACAAAAUACCCGAUGCUUGUAGAUGUAUAUGGAGGUCCUGAUUCACAUUCGGUCGUUAAUAAAUGGAUUUUAGAUUGGGGUACUUAUUUAUCAUCAAGUCAUUCUGUGAUUUAUGUAAAAAUAGAUGGACGUGGCACAAAUCUUCGUGGCGAUAAAUUAUUGCAUUCCAUUUACCAGAAGCUAGGUACUGUUGAAAUUACGGAUCAAAUUGAUGUAACUAAAAAAUUGCAAGCUAAAUAUUCUUUUAUUGAUGCUAAUCAUACUGGUAUUUGGGGUUGGAGUUACGGUGGUUACGCUGCUGCUAUGGCACUAGCGAACGAUGAUAGUCUUGCUUUCAGAUGCGCUGCAUCGAUUGCACCUGUUACAGAUUGGGCGUACUAUGAUUCUAUAUAUACGGAACGUUAUAUGAGAUUACCUAAUACAAAUGAAGCUGGUUAUAUGAACGCUAGGUUAAGCACACGUGCUCAGAAACUAAGAGGGAAAAAAUUCCUAUUAGUCCAUGGUACCUUAGAUGAUAAUGUACAUUAUCAACAAGCAAUGAUUUUAGCCAAAAAUCUAGAACGUUAUGAUAUAUUAUUUAAACAAAUUAGUUAUCCAGAUGAAGAUCAUGGCUUAUCAGGCGUACGUCCACACUUAUACCACUCAUUGGAUCGAUUCUUCGGCGAUUGCUUUGACAAUAAAAAUAUGAAUGGCUCCAAAUAGUAAUUAUUUAGACAGAGAAAGCAACAUUCACCAAAAACAACUACGCUUUAUCAAAAAUAAAAACGUAUUGUACUUGAGUACUUUAUCCGAUUAUCUAAAAUGUAGGCGUGAUCAAUUAUUUGUAAUAUGUUGAAAUCAAAAAUUAUAAAGAAUUUAGCUUUUUAGCGUAUGCAGGUCCAAACCCAGGAACUUUAAAACAAUAAUAGAACGUUUUUAUAUAUUGUAGCAUUUAAAAUAGUUAAAAUUAAUUUUAAAGAAAACUAAAAUCAAAAUCAAAAAUCUAUAUCAAAUAAAAAUUAUCAUAUUAAUGAUACUUGAUAAACGGUAUCGAAAAUAUGUUUCGAGUUGAUAUUCUGUAGUUUCAUAUUGCGUCUAGUAUACUUAAUUGAAUUAUUUUUUAAAACGUAUUAUUACUUCAGUACGAAGUCAGCUAAAGCAAAACAAAUGAUUAUUUACAAUUAUUAGAGUAAGUCAAGAAACCGAAACAUUCAUAGAUGCUUCCACAUAGAUGUAGCGGGUUAGUUAAGCUUAAAUACAAAAAUUGUGCCAAAUUUUGCAUUUUGAUUUAUCGUAGAAAAUCUGCCGAAAUUCGAUUUUUCAAAACAAAAUAGAGACUUAAUUACAAUUAAAAUCGUAGUAAGCACUGUU